AAAAAACUGGAAUACGACUAUAAAAUAAAUUUAAAUGGUGGAAAAAGCUUUAUUUUCUGGUGCCAUCGAGCGUCUGACAACUUUACCAUGGCGACAAUUAUUCUAUAUGUUUUAUAUAGAACCAAUUGUAUUUACACUGAUAUUUUCGCACCUGCUGUCAGGCACUAUUAUGCGAAAUGAGAUUAUGUAUCAAACGUGCAAGGUUAUCUUUCAUUACAAUGAAACCGAUUGCAGACAGUUGGAUAAUAAAGAAGCGGGCCCUGAGAUACACGCCAUUGAAACUGAUAUACAGUCAUAUGUCGCCGAUAUGUUUCUGAGUCGCACGUUGCUGGAGAGCAUUGUUCCAGCCAUAUGUGGAUUGUUUUCCGGAUCGUGGUCGGAUCACUAUGGCCGCAAGCCGUUGCUCAUUGUCUCAAUGAUUGGUUUUACAGGCUCUGCUGUGAUAACGACCAUCAUUUGUGCUCUAUCCAGAUCUUAUGAUAUCAAUCCCUGGUGGUAUACACUGGCAGCAGUUCCUCACUCUUUCCUGGGUGGCAUGUGCGUCUUUUCAGUGGCCGCCUUUUGUUUCUUAUCGGACAUAACAGAUAUUAAAACAAGACCAUACAGAAUGAUAUUCAUGGAAAUGCUGAUCUUUGUAGCCAUCAGCAGUGGUUCCUUACUAUCCAGUUACGUGUAUGCAGCUACAAAUGCUGCUAUAACCCAGGGAAUUUCUGCAUCCCUUAUUACAAUAGUUACAGUGUAUAUCGUAUGCUAUUUGCCAGAGAGCUUGCACAUUCGACUGGAACAGGAUGUGCGGGAGAAGGACGAGAAUAAAGUACACAGUUCAGUCUGCGAUAACCAACUGAAAUGUGUUACUAGUGAUUGUUCUAAUAAACUGACGAGCGAUGAAAAGAUUGAGUUGGGAAAAGUGCAUUUGGAUGAGAAAAUAGAAACUAAACAAAGGAGUCCUGAGGAGUCAAAAGAGAAGACUGAGACGGAGACGGAUUCAAAUAAGGCUACGCUCUUUAGCCUGACACACUUAAAGGAAAUGUUGGUAACUUGCUGCAAGCCACGUGAACAUCAAGCACGUGGCAUCAUUUGGCUUGUGACUUUGACCAUGUUUAUGACCAUGUUCGUAUUGGAUGGUGUUAUGACAGUGAUGUAUUUGUUUGUGCGUCAAAAGUUCCAUUGGUCCGUCAGAGAGUUUACAUUCUUUGAAACUGUUGGUCAGCUGGUGCCCAUGCUGGGGGCUUUAAUAGGUUUUCUUAUAUUACGCAAGGUAUUUGGCUUAUCUGUAGUCGUGUUGGCAUUAUUGUCGCUACUCUCGGAAAUAUUAAGCAAUCUCGUUAAGGGUUUUGCCGAGUUACCUUGGCACAUGUAUCUAUCGAUUGCUUUGGGAGUAUUCCGAUCUAUCGGAGGGCCAAUGUGUCGCACCAUUGUCUCCAACAUAGUUCCUGCUUCGGAUUUGGGUAAAAUAUUCUCCAUCAAAAAUGUGCUACAAUCAUUUGCGCCUUUUGUUGCUGCACCGCUUUAUACUUUUAUCUACCAACGUUCUUUGACCUUUUGUCCGGGUCUAUUCAACUUUCUUAGUGCGGCACUGUUUUUAGUGGCAUUCGUGGCCAUUGGCUGCGUUCUGCGCAUUAAACUUAAACACAAGCAGCAUUAUGCCGAUUUACUAAAGUGAUUAGAUCUAUUUUACAUCUAUACUUAUGAAAAAGUACAAAUAAAUUUGAAUACGGA